GUAACGGCACAAAAAAGUCGUAGAAAACCCCUAUGCUCUUAUGCUCUCGCUUCCUCCCCAGACUCUCUUCCAGCAUCCGCCGCCGUUACCCUUCAUCUUUUCUCGUAUUUUCUGAAUCUUCAUUUCUCCGCCUCUUUUGCAACGCCGCCGCCUCCUCCUCUGUCUCGAACUCUGCAUCCAUGGCGUCCCAUCCCAAGGAUGAGGCAUAUCUCCAAGCAGUAAUACCCAAACGCAUCAAAUUCUUCGAAUUCAUUCAGUCUCAGCAGCUCUCACGACGUCAAUCCCUCCCCCAUGACCCUAUAAAGAUUACGCUGCCGGAUGGGGCAGUGAAGGAAGGGAAGCGGUGGGACACAUCGCCGAUGGAUAUUGCAAAGGGAAUAUCCAAGGGUUUGGCUGCUGAAGCCUUGAUUUCAUCGGUCAAUGGAGUUCUAUGGGAUAUGACCAGGCCGUUGGAAGAUGAUUGCGACCUCAAGUUCUUCAAAUUCAACGAUGACGAGGGCCGCGAUACUCUUUGGCACUCAAGUGCCCACAUUCUUGGUCAGUCACUUGAAAUGGAGUAUGGUUGCAAGCUCUGCAUUGGGCCGUGUACUACAAGAGGAGAGGGUUUUUAUUAUGACGCAUUCUAUGGUGACUUGGGCUUGAAUGAUGAUCAUUUCAAUCAGAUUCAAGCUGGGGCAGCAAAAGCCGUUGGGGAAAAACAGCCUUUUGAGCGUAUCGAAGUUACCAGAGAUCAGGCACUUGAAAUUUUUUCCGACAAUACUUUUAAGGUUGAAAUCAUUAAGGAUUUGCCUGAAGACAAAACUAUCACAGUAUACAGAUGUGGUCCGUUAGUUGAUUUGUGUCGUGGGCCACAUAUACCAAAUACGUCUUUUGUGAAAGCAUUUGCAUGUUUGAAAGCUUCAUCAGCAUACUGGAGGGGGAAUAAAGAUCGUGAAAGUUUACAGAGAGUCUAUGGGAUAUCUUAUCCCGAUGCAAAACGCUUGAAGGAAUAUCUCCACCAGUUAGAGGAAGCAAAGAAAUAUGACCAUAGGUUGUUGGGUAUGAAGCAGGAGCUUUUCUUCUGCGACCCUUUAAGUCCAGGAAGUUGGUUCUUUCUUCCACAUGGGGCUCUGAUCUACAAUAAAUUGACGGAGUUUAUACGAAGUCAAUACAGGAAGAGAGGUUAUCAAGAGGUUAUAACACCCAAUAUAUAUAAUAUGAAACUUUGGGAAACAUCAGGUCAUGCCGCAAAUUACAAGGAGAAUAUGUUCUUAAUUGAGAUUGAAAAACAAGAAUUCGGACUGAAACCGAUGAAUUGUCCUGGACACUGCGUGAUGUUUGGACAUAGAGUUCGUUCAUAUAGAGAACUUCCUCUCAGACUGGCUGAUUUUGGGGCCUUGCAUCGAAAUGAGGCAAGUGGUGCGCUCACUGGACUAACUCGCGUCCGGAGAUUUCAACAGGAUGAUGCUCAUAUUUUCUGCAGAGAGUCCCAGAUAAAAGAUGAAGUGAGAGGUGUCCUCGAAUUUAUCGAUUAUGUCUACAGAGUAUUUGGUUUCAACUACGAAUUGAAGCUAUCAACGAGGCCAGAGAAAUACCUAGGAGACUUGGCGACAUGGGAUAAAGCUGAGGCUGCACUUACAGAAGCACUAAAUGAGUUUGAUAAACCAUGGCAGAUGAAUGAAGGGGAUGGGGCGUUUUAUGGACCCAAGAUUGAUAUCAGUGUAUCUGAUGCUUUGAAUCGGAAAUUUCAGUGUGCAACGUUACAGCUUGACUUCCAGCUUCCCCAGCGUUUUGAUCUAGAAUACUCAGCAGAGGAUGAAGCAAAAAGAGAGAGACCUGUUAUGAUACACAGAGCCAUCCUAGGCUCUGUUGAGCGUAUGUUUGCUAUACUGUUGGAGCAUUACAAGGGAAAGUGGCCCUUUUGGCUUAGCCCUCGUCAGGCAAUUGUUUGUCCUGUAUCUGAAAAAUCUCAAGCAUAUGCCCUGCAGGUACAAGAUCAGAUUUUUGAAGCUGGUUUUCAUGUUGAUGCUGACACUACAGAUAGAAAGAUCCAGAAAAAGGUUCGCGAAGCACAAUUGGCACAAUACAACUACAUAUUGGUUGUUGGAGAAGAGGAAGCAAAAACUGGACAGGUGAGUGUGCGGGUAAGAGAUAAGGCAGAUCAUUCAGUCAUGAGCGUUGAGAGCCUGCUCCAACACUUCAAGGAUGAAGCUGCAGCAUAUCACUAGGGGCCAUAUGGGACAAAUCGACUCUAGCCGGAUGUGAAAAAUUUAUGACUUUAAGCCUUUUAAUUUAAUACAUCAUCUACAUCUGCACCAUUGUAUUAUGACAAACAUUUUUUCUGAUGUGUGAUAAUUGAUCCAUAAGAGUUUUAGCCUCUUCCAAUCCAAAGGACAGGGGUUCUGGUGCUGUAGCCUUUUAUUUUCCUAUAAAUUCUGUAUUGGAACUUUUGUAUUCUUCCCUUCAUGAUGUCAACAUGCCAUUUUGUUUUAUUUUAA